AUGGGGGCUUCAGGGCGACGGCUGACCGAGCAUGGAAAUCAUGGCCAAAAUGAGAACGGCGGAGACAACGGCGGCACCAGUGGCGAGCGACGAGCGGUGGAGGAGGCAGAUGGUGAAGACGAUUCCAUCCCACCUGCAAGAACGUUCAAGGCCUUUGUUCUUGACGACUAUCUCAUCCCCAAGCGCCUCCCACAAGCCUUUAAGGAUUUUGUCAUCCCUGAAGCUAGACAGUUCAACUCGGUGGAGCACCAGUCGAGAAGCUGGACAAGGAAAGCUCGCGCAUGCGUACGCCAUCGUCCAGGGCAACGCGCCAGAGAAGAUCCCGAACGAGAUCAAGUUCGAGGCGGGUCCAGACAGAGAGGGCGUAUGGCCAAGAGCAUGAGCAAGUACUUCGCCAUGGACCGGGUCGAGAACAAGGCCAGCAAAGAGAAGGCCAUGGGAAUGUUGAAAGCCAUAGAAGCCCAUCUCUUGCAAAAACGCUGAUGCUUACGAGUGAGUUGUUGUUACAUGUUGGCUGGAUCUUUCUAUCUCCCACCAUAAUUUGAAGAAAAAUAACAAUCGAGACUGAACCGUAACUAUGUUUUGAAGCGGUAGAUAUGCUGCAUGCUGUCAUCAAAGACGCUUGUCAAACAUCUUGUAAAGAUCUCGGCAUUCUUUUAACAGAGUUGAAACUGCCGCGAGAUUAUAGAUA